AUAGUGUCCUAUAGAAACAUACACUAAUGAGAGAGAGAGAGAGAGAGAGAGAGAGACAUACAUACACAAGUCCACCACAGUCUUGGCAUUACUCUCACUACACUACAGUAAAAUCAUACUCAAAUAUUUUCUUGUGUCUCUUACACUUUUUGUCAUAUUUUUUAUUUUAUUAUGUUUUUUCCCAAAUAUUCCAAAUAUUUGGGAGGCUCUUCUGGUUCUUUCUGUCACUUAUUGUGGAGGAACUGAUGCAAUGAUGUCGCUAUCUCAUAUGCCCAGCCCUCAUAUCGCUAUGCUACUGAUGAUUGGACCGACGCGACCACGUCCUUUCUCUCAUUGGUGGAUUCGUGUGUCAGUCAGAGCGCGCUACCGUUGCACAUGGUGGAGGGAAGCCACGUUGACAACAAUUAACGUUUUACCGCUUGAAACCUCGAGCAGAACAGAAUCUUCCGUUCGUUGUGUCGUUGAAGGUGUGACAUCAGCACAAUGAGUGUUGGGUUUAUCGGAGCGGGUCAGCUGGCACACGCGCUGGUCAAAGGUUUCACAGCGGCCGGUGUGAUCACUGCCGGUCGUAUCACAGCCAGUGCUCCUGACAUGGAUCUGCCCACCGUCUCCGGUCUGAGGAAAAUGGGUGUCUAUUUGACCACAAGUAACAAAGAAGCGGCGCACAAGAGUGACGUUCUGUUCCUGGCGGUCAAACCUCACAUCAUUCCCUUCGUUCUGGAUGAAAUCGGUCCAGAUAUUGAGGAUCGGCAUCUCAUCGUCUCCUGUGCUGCCGGGGUCACCAUCAGCUCUAUUGAGAAGAAACUGCUUCAGUAUCGGACGGCACCGAAGGUGAUGCGCUGUAUGACCAACACUCCAGUGGUGGUGCGAGAGGGGGCGACGGUUUACGCCACAGGAACACAUGCAGACGUGGAGGACGGCAAACUCCUGGAGCAGCUGAUGGCCAGCGUGGGUUUCUGUACGGAGGUGGAGGAAGACCUCAUCGAUGCUGUGACAGGUCUCAGUGGUAGCGGACCGGCUUACGCUUUCACAGCGCUCGAUGCUCUCGCUGAUGGUGGGGUGAAGAUGGGGUUGCCACGGAGACUGGCACUGAGACUGGGAGCACAGGCGCUACUGGGUGCAGCUAAAAUGCUUCUGGACUCAGAACAGCAUCCGGGUCAGUUGAAAGAUAACGUCUGUUCACCAGGGGGCGCCACCAUCCACGCGCUUCACUUUCUGGAGAGCGGAGGGUUCCGCAGUCUCCUCAUCAACGCCGUGGAAGCGUCCUGCAUCCGAACCAAGGAGCUUCAGAGUCUGGCUGACCAGGAGAACAUCUCACCUGCUGCCAUCAAGAAGACGACGCUGGAUCAGGUUCUGCAGCAGCCGGGCGUCUCCUCAACGUCUGUCAACACCAAGGGCAGAGUCAAUCUGUUCAAUAACAGAACUGGAGUCAAGAAGAACUAACACACAUCGUCUCUCAUCACCACAAAACACAAAAUGAUCCAGGAGUGAAGUCUAUUCACAAACACACAGAGUGAACUGAAGUGCAUUAUGGGUCGUGUGUCUGCUUCUGUAGUUAGUUGAUCUUCACAAUGUAAACAGUUUCAAACCAGUUAAGUGUUAACACACACACACACACAACAGACCUGUUGAGUCAAACACAGUCUCAGGAUCUCAGCGCACCAAUGAACAGCUGCAGGAAGUGAUGUCAGAAUGACCUCAAGAACUCAUAUCGCUGUCAUGUUUGAAAAUGGUGCAUCUUAUGAUAUAAGACAGGAGUGUAUAAUGCACUUGUGUCUGUUUUUGCUUGAUGUCCGUUCUGUUCAUGGCUGAAUUGUGUUUCCGCUGAGAAACAGUUUGUGUUUCAUUAAAGCAAGAGUGAAGGAUGAACGUGUUAUUCACGACAAGAACAAAUGAAGAGUUUGGUUCCAAAAUGAGAUCUCUUUUGAAUUUUAUUGUGCAUUCCAGAUAAUAUCAUUCAAACUGUAUUUGGUUUGUUUUGAUUUAAGACAUACUUACUCAACAAAUACAGCUAACUAACACAAAAUAACACAAUUAAAACGUUUUUUUUUUUUAAACUGUGUUAUCUAACAGCAUCAUCGUGACCUCCAUUAGCACCAAACAAGGGUUUUCCCCUCCUGCUUCACAGUUAAAUGAUCUCAAUCUGUUCUGGAGUCUCAAUUCAAGCUGUAGGGUUAUGAGUCAAAUCAUCAUCACCAUUAUUUUGCUCAAAAGUUUAAUCACGAUUAGUAAACAGUUACUUUAUCAGUUCAGAACUUUAGUUUUUACAGCAUGUUUAUAAGGUCUAUACCUUACAGCUAAUGAAUAUGUUAUAAUCUGCUGCCGUUUGCCGUUGCUCUCAAACCAUCAUCUAAACACUAAAAUAAACAUUCUGUGACCUUCGGAAUGAAACCUUGCUAGUUUUUUUACAAAUUUACCUUCAUGUUUAUCGGUGUGUUUUGCAAAUAAGUAUUUAAAAACGCUCUCCUACUUGUAAAUCGCUUUGGAUAAAGGCGUCUUCCAAAUGAAUAAACGUAAAUGUGGUCAAAGGCA